UUAAAUCUAAUAGUCCACUAACUUUACUUCAGGCCAGGUGUAAUGUCAUCGUUGUAGAACGAUCGCCAGCCGGUAGGUGGCGCUCGAGCGCCGUCGCAUGCUUGUGUCGUCACAGAUUGGAAGUGAAGAAGUUCCACUUCAAUGAAGAUGCAGCCAAAGAGGCGACAGCUGUGCUGUCUGCUCGCUGCCUGACCGAUGCCGCCACCAUGAUGCUGAGCUGCAUCGCGUUGCUCGUUGCCCUCUCGCUGCCGCAGGCCGCCAGCUUCCUGGGUUCCUCGGAGGAGGAGGACGACGGCGGCGUCCCCGCGGAGUGGGCGCUGCUGCACGUGGUUCAGGGUCACAUCGGCGCCGGGAACUACAGCUACCUGCGCCUCAACCACGACGGCAGAAUCAUCCUGCACAUGAAGAGCCUGAAGGGGGACGCGGACCUGUACGUGUCGGACAAAACCCUGCACCCCAACUUUGACACCUACAGGCUGCAGUCCGUCACCUGCGGCCACGACGUGGUCGUGGUUCCCAGGGACUUCUCCAGGCCGGUGGGCAUCGGGAUUUACGGCCACCCGUCUUACCUGGAGAGCGAGUUUGAAAUGCGGGUGUUCUAUGAUCAGACGGCACACCUGGACCCCUUCGAUAAGGGCUCGCCUGACGACAAACAGAAGGAAAAGAAAUCUGCACAAGCAGAAGAGGACGACUUCCAAGAAGAAGAGUCGAUCUUUUGGACUAUUUUAAUCGGACUUCUAAAGAUAAUACUUGAAAUUUUGUUCUGAAAAUCUGUUUUUGGCUCAGGAGAAGAGACGGCUCAGUCUGGGAUCUGUCCUGUUUUCUGUGGAAAGAUCCGACCUUUGUGUUUUUAUUCCCUCGGUUUUCAUUUAUAACUCCCGUUUAGGACUUUGCCGGAUCACUGAGGUGAUCAAAAGGCCUUUGUGUUCCCGCCUUGCUUCACUUCAUUCUCUCCAGAGAUGGAAAGUUUAGGUUUGGGGGCAACGACGGCCCCUGAUCCCAUCAAGUUUGAAGCAUUUUCCUAAAUUCAGAAAGUUUUUGUUUGGUCUUUAAGGAGAAAGCGGAUCUGAGACGCUUCAUGUUCACGGCAGACAGCCAGUGUGUUAGAAUCAGAUUUGUCGUAGCGAAGCGAGCCCUCUUUAGGAAAAGACUCCUGCUCUGCUUUGGGGGUGGAUGUGAGGAGAAAAGAUCUGUUAAUCCCACUUAAAGCUUAGGUCACGUGAUCCCAGGCGUGGUUACCUCUGUUAGUAAGACACCUUAAAAUCACCAGGAUCUGAUAGCGUUCAAGCUGACAAUGUUGAUUUUCAUCCUAUUAAUGUCAUAGAUUUACCCUCAUGUUGACUCCAGCAUCUCUUUUCUAUUUGCCUGUUGAACAAGCAGAUUUAUUUUCUACCGUUUCAGUUUUCCAACGUAUCACUGAGCAGAAAUGUUCAACAGUGCCUUCUGUUCAGCUUUCCAGGGUAACGAAUGAAUGAGGUUUCAGAAUAAAAGUCUUUUACAUCGUU